CUUGGAACUGUAUAAAAGAGCUCUCCACUCACCGUUCUUCUAAAUACUUCUCUGGACUUCAUCUCCUCGUUGAACCAGGUUUACCUGCAUCCCACCGAGAUGGCUUUCUCCAGCCUGUGCUAUCCAGAAUGCGGGGUGGCCCGGCCCAGCCCCGUCUCUGGUACCUGCAACGAGCCGUGCGUUCGGCAGUGCCCUGACUCCGAAGUGGUGAUCAGACCCUCCCCGGUUGCGGUGACCCUCCCCGGACCAGUUCUCAGCACCUUCCCUCAGCAGAGCGAAGUGGCAGCCGUAGGAGAACCUGUGGUGGGAGCCGGCUACGGGGGCUCCUUCGCUAACGGGGGAUUGUACGGCUAUGGAGGCCGUUACGGAGGGUUGUUCGGUUAUGGGGGUUAUGGUUAUGGAGGCCGUUACGGUUACGGGGGAUACCCAGGCUUUUACGGGUAUGGGGGAUAUUGCGGCUACCCAGGCUUUUUUGGGGGUGGGGACUGCGGCUACCCAGGCUAUUAUGGUAACUGGGGAUACCCAGGAUAUUAUGGUGGAUUAUGCGGUGGAUACGGGGGAUAUGGCCGCAGGUACCUUGGCGGAUACUGUGGGCCUUGCUAAACCCAGCAGGACCAUCCGUGGCAGACCCAGGCAAUGAACGGCCGGAUACAGAUUCCCCCCUGAGCUUUGGGGCUUGGCUUUCAGACGUGCUGGGCAAACCCGGCUCCAGCUGAGCUCAGUGGGAGCUGUGUGUGCUCAGCCCUGGGUCUGGGAGCCAGGCUGCAUUGCUCCCCUCACGCUUCAUGGCUCCUUCUGCUCCUGCUUUGCCAGCCCCGCGCUGAGUCUCCUCCUGGCCUGUGGGCUCCUUCUGAGUGACACGCAGGCUGCUCCCACCGACCCUGCUGGGUGACAGAAAAGGGGGCCUGAGAAAAGCCUCAGUGACACCAAUUGUCAUUGUAAGUCCCUGUAUGUGGGGGAGAAAAGAUACAUUUCUGUCCAGGAGAACCAGGGCCAACAUGUUCUACUUUCCAUCCAUCUUCACCUUUAGCGCCUCGCUUUGACCUUCUCUGAGGCAGAUGUACAAUGGAGACGCUGCGCAGACCUCUGCUUUUCUUUAGCUUUCUCUCACUUUCCACCAAAUGGGGUAAAAGAAGGAAUUUAAGGUGGUUGCAAAGGGGACUCUUGUGUCAACCUGAGCAGCUGCAGCAAAGCAAAAUGAACGUAGUGUCUGAAAUGUCCCCCUUUGAGACAGGUGAUCAGUUGUAGCCCUUCUUGAAACUGUGUAAAUACUCUUUCUGCUCUGUGGAAUCACUUCUUUUGUUUAUUGCCAAUUCCCAUUAAAAAUUCUGAU